AUGGAUAUGACCGUGGUCUGGAACUCAGGUUUGACCACUUUCUGGGUUGCACUCAGUUGCCUCUCAUACCUGAGACUGGCACUGCCGCUCAAUGCAGAGCGCAAAAACUACCCAAAACCACCUGCCAUGGUUAAAGACCCUCCACACAUCAUCUUUGUGAUGGUGGACGAUCAGGGCUACAGUGAUGUGGGCUACCAUGGCUCGGACAUCCACACGCCAGUACUGGACCAGCUGGCUGCUGAAGGGGUGAAACUGGAGAACUACUACGUCCAGCCAAUCUGCUCACCCUCUCGUAGCCAGCUCAUGACCGGACGGUGA